UGCAGCUUGUCAAUGCUACCGUGGUGCUAGAAAACGGUCAUGGUCUGAGCAGGGCAACACGGAUCAUUUGCUUUGGGGCUGAGGUCCUGAUCCAUCAUCCUAAACGAUGCUUUCAAGCUAUACUUGCCUAGUAGACAGCUCCUUUCAGCCAAACUACCCGACAUGAUCCCCAGUCCAUUCUACCCUGUAUUCGGCUAGGUAUAGCGUUUUUGGUCUGCCAACUACUGUUACUGACCCCUUCUGUAUGCUGGCUCUCAUUCGAGCAUCUCUCCUGCAUCCUUUGUUCUCAUCAUCUACAUCCUCGAUACCUAUUCGUUUCCCUUGUAUCGACCCCGAUCUCUCAUUUCUACGCCGUCCAGUCCACUUCAUUGUCUUGUCCUGUAAACCUCGGUACCCUAUCAGACAGUCUCGAAGUCAACGAUUACGGGAUUUCCAGAUCCUGCUAAGCUUGUGCAACACGUCCGAAAGCAAGACGUUAAAUGGGAUCCAAGGCACCGUGCAUAUAUCUACGACCCUGCGCACUGCUAAAGUCAACUUCGAUAUAAUCGGGUCAAACAACUCGAAAGACUAUCUGAGUACCUGCACACUAUUACGUGCGCCAAUUCUCAAUGUUGGCAUCGUCUCAAUAUCACCAGUCCUAGGCAGCAGACGACCUCUUUCCACGAGAUCUGCAUAUCCGAUAACCGUGCGGAUCGCUGAAGACUCAACGACAGGUCAGCAUCCUCGUCAGAACAGCCACGAUCGGGAAUCAUUCAACGCCACAUCUUUUCUUUUGGAAGUCUGCAGAACAACCUUUGCAGCGACUACAUACACACCGCCUGCGUCGCAGUGAGGAUAUCCAGGGAUCGAGCGUCAGGGCUAUCACCGUACCUGUCUGUGCUCGACAUUCGAGAUUUGUGGGGACUGCGGGAAGAAGCAAAGUGC